GUCUGGCUCUUGAACUUGAGAAUGUGAUCUUGAAUUUCAACAGCCUGCUUAUCUGAGUGUGUUCAAAUGUUUCCUUUGUUUCCUCUUGAUUCAUUUUUUAAUGUAGGCGCCUUAUAAUUCUGCCAAUGGUAGACAGUGCUGACAGACCAGUAACACGCAGACUGCAGAUGAACUUACAAAAAAAAGACAAAAGUAGAAAAUGUUUGAAGUGUGCAAUGCUGCAGCCACAGCAGCCUCCCUGAUUUCAUUGCAUUUGUGAAGGAAUGCACCCCCUAACCUGGAGAAAAAGGAGGAGGAGAAAAAGGGAAGAGAAUAAGAGAAAGAAAAGGAAGAAAGGAAAAGAAGGAAGGGAGGGAGAGGGGAAGGAGGGAAGGAGGAAAGGAAGGGAAAAAGGAAGGAGGGAAGGAAGGAACCACCCACUUCAUCUUUGGGCUGGGAAAAAGACUCAUUGGUUAAGAACACUUUCUGCUCCUGCAGAGGACCAAAGUUCCGAUCCCAGCACCCACAUCAGGUUGCUCACAAACAACUGUAACCCCAGCUCCAGGGGAUGUGAUACCCCCUUUGGGCCUCUGCACAAUCCUACACACGUGUGCACAUACCCACAUACAAAAACACACAUACACUAUAUACAUAUGUAAUUUUCUAGGCCUGGUGGUGAAUGCCUUUAAUCCCAGCAUUGUGGAGGCACAGGUAAAUGGAUCUCUUAGAGGCCAGUCUACUCAGUUCAGGCCAGCAAGGGCUGUAUAGUGAGACCCUGCCUCAAAAAUAUUUUAUUUUUUCAGUUCAAAAGAAGGAAAGAAGCCACACUGGAAUUUGAAUGUUCUAGAAAGGUGAUUACAGCUUCAGUGACUGGAGAGGUUAGAAUGUUGCAGGUCCAAAGCUUAAUUAUAAUUUCUCUUAGACUGUCAUUAACCCUCUUACUAGCCAUUUUUUGCCCACUUCUGGGUUGGGCCUAAUAUUCUUGUGGUUAUCAGGUAAUAUCUUUUUAAGAAUAUUUUUUUUAAAGAUUUAUUUAUUUAUUAUGUAUACAGAAGAGGGUGCCAGAUCUCAUUACAGAUGGUUGUGAGCCACCAUAUGGUUGCUGGGAAUUGAACUCAUGACCUCUGGAAGGGCAGUCAGGGCCCUUAACCUCUGAGCUAUCUCUCCAGCCCCCUUUUAAGGAUAUUAAUUUAGCCCACUACUUGCUUCUACCAACCAGAGGCUAACCAUAUGGUCAGGUGAUCUGAGACAUGUAUUAGAAAUGUUCCCAUUUUCUGUAAUCUAUCUAUCCAAUGUCUCCACCAAUAUAUUUCAAGUCUCUUGACUUUGUAGCUAUAAAACACCACGAUACUGUUACCACAUUGAAACAUACUGCUGGGGUAACAUGAGUCUAUUUUCAGGUCAUGGUCACUCAUACUUGGCUCCAGGAUAAAUGAUCUCUUAUCCCCUUUGAAGUGAGAGUCUUAAUUUUUUUUCCCCUCACACAUUGCUUUUUUGGGGGUGGAAGCCUUUUUUUGUCAUUUGUUUUUUUGUUUUUCGAGACAGGGUUUCUCUGUGUAACAUCCCUGGUUGUCCUGGAACUCAAUCUGUAGACCAGGCUGGCCUCGAACUUGGAAAUCUGCCUGUCUCUGCCUCCCAAGUGCUGGCUAGAAAUCUUUUAAUUAUUUUACUUUAUGUGCAUUGGUGUUUUGUCUGGGUGCAUAUCUGUGUGAGGGUGUCAGAUCCCCUGAAACUGGAGUUACAGACCGUUGUGAGCUGCCAUGUGGGUGCUGGGAAUUGAACUCAAGUCCUCUGGAAGUACAGCUAAUGCUCUUAACUGCUGAGCCAUUUCUCCAGCCCCUUUUUGUUAUUUUUGUCUCUUCCCCCACCCCCAGCUGAAGACUGAACCCAGAGACUUGCGCUUACACUUGCUAGGCAAAUGCUCUACCACUGAGCUAAAUCUCCAACCCCAGUGAAGUCUUUUAUAGCAAUGGAGUGGGAAUUUAGUCGUCUCACAAACCAUUUAUGUAAGUCCAUAUUGUUAGAUAUGACCAGAUAUCUCUCAGGUCCCACCCCUCUGCAGCUGCCUCUCUCUACCCUCAAUGCUGAUGCUGUAAUUCUCAUUGCUACUGAGGCUUGUUUGACAAGCACCCAACUGUGAUUCUGUGAUUCUCAGUCCCUCAAGGGAGUUGAGGGAAACUGAUAAGUAGCCUGAUGCGAUUCUGUAAUUCUCACUGUAAGGUUUUGAUAGGAUAGAGGACACUGGAAAAGUGAUUGUUCCUUGAGACCACAAGAUUUAGUGCCAGAGAGAGCAUGAUGUGGUCUGUCAUUGUCUAAUCCAGACACCUGGGAGUUUGACUACAAACCCAGCCUAGCUGUUGAACUAUCCCUGUGGCAGCACCAGGUACCUCAGAAUCAGCUCUGAGAAGCAGGUUAUCCAAAAUGGAGUUACUUUGUCUCUAAGACUUAGCACUUCCUUCCUCAUACCUGGGUACCAGAGAACCAGUUAGAGUCACAGACAUAUUCUUGGUAGGGAGCCUGGCAGUAUCUGGAAUACUGCAGGAAAAGUAAUCUGAUUAGCCUCUAGCCAAAACCUAACACCCCUACAGCUCCUCAGGCAACCAGAUCCUAAACCAAAAAGGAUAUACAUUCCUUUGAAUGACAUGUCCCUUACUUCCCUCAUAUCCUCUAAGUCAUGCAUUAAGGAGACUUCUUCCUCCAAGUGCAACCUCUUCUUUCCCCAAAGUCUUAAAAUAGGUAUCUUUGCUCUUUCUGAAUAGUCCCAAGUUAUUUUCUUUCAGGUCCCACCAUUCUGUUUGACAUUAAAUCUUGUGUCACUAACCUGGCAGAAAUGAAUAUUUUCUAAAAAGAUGCUUUAGUUUUAACAGUAUUAAAACAAUGAGCCCCAACCAGGUGGUGGUGCCGCAUGCCUUUAAUCUCAGCACCCGGGAUUCGGGGCAGGUGGCUCUCUGACUUCAAAGCCAGCCUGCUCUCAAAAAAACCAACCAGCCAAACAAACAAUAACAACAACAAAAAACCCAAGAAAUUGGAAUUUCUUCAGGAAUCUCGUGUUGGGAGAAGAAAAGCCUGGGCCAACCAGAGGUGGAGCUUUUCUCUCCAAAAAUACUUCUCUAAGAAAGAGAUUGUUGUCCCCCUAGAUAUGAUGACAGUUCAGUGAUGGGUGGGAUCACACUUCAUCCUGGACUGCUUAAUGUGUCCUGGCCCUCUACUUAAACUUCCAUCUCACUGUAGUAAUCCCAAGAUGGACUGAUGGGGGUCCCUGGAUGUUUUUGGUCCUCUUCCCAACAUGGCCAUAUUGCAUAAUUCUCCUUUUUCUGCUUUUUACUAUUCAUUUGCAUGUUUUAAAUGUCUUCACAAGGUUGGGUGGCUGAACCGGGCUUCAGGUAGAGACUGUGACCUCCAGUUUAGUGACAGCCACCAAGAGCAAUCUGACUCGGUGUCCCUUUUGAAUCUGAUCCUUGCAUAUAUCUGAGGGGGCGGGCAGAAUUGUGUAACAUCUGUUGUCUCUUGAGACUGGCCAUUUGGAGUUAGGUAAUAUUGUGCUUGUAGAAGACAGCAAAAGUCAUUGGGUCAGGAUAGGCCCUUGGUCAUUGUUAAAGUAUGAGAACUUUCUCGAGUAUGUCUGCCUUUUUCUGUCUAUAAAUUUCACUUUCUCUAUGCUUUCAAUAAUUGUGUUCCUUUGUAUAUAUGUUUUCUCUGUUACUGACUGAAUAUGGGUAGGUAGAGAAAUCUGCUUCAUUCCAAAUUUCUGAAGUGUGAUAUAUCAGUCUCUCUUUUAUCCCAGUGAAACCUGGUCUGCCUUUUGUUUUCUAUGAUGUGGUGGGCUGUUGCCAUAGACACUGAGUCUGGAAUUCCCUGAGCACAUCUGUAACCCCAUUGGAAGGGGAGGAAGCAAGAGUUGCCCGCUGAGUAAGUGCCUAGUCAGGAAAGCGGGGACAGGCUCUGCUUACGCCCUUUUCCCCUAGUGGAGCCAGUGUGGACGCAGAGGAGUAAGCUGGGUUGUUUAGGCAGGCUCCUGCCUAGAAUUCCUCAUUUGUAUCUUACUCUGCCACGUGGGUGUGCUCCUCCCGUCACUUAAGCUUUAAGAGGCGGGUUUGUGGCUUGAUGGCCAACCAGGCAAGUUGUUUUGGGAUGCAUGUCCAAUGAAAAAUCCAGGCAUUAGGAAGAUGGCUGCAACGUAUCACUGAGACAUCGCUUUUUGUCCCUGCCAUAUUUGGGAUCUGAGUUCCUCCGACUGUGGAGAGACUCUCCAGGUUUCUCCCGUCCCUUUCGGUCUCCCCUCCACUGACAGCAGGAACCCCAAGAGGAUACCAGGACACCAUGUCGCUGGAAAUGUCAAAGGACAAUGGAUUCCCUUGGAAGUGGAGUUACAUACAAUUGAGAUCUGCCAUAUGGGUGCUGGAAACCAAACCCCAGUCCUCUGGAAGAGCAGCCCAAGCUCCCACUGCCAAGCCUGAUAUCACUCCAGCCCCACCAAUGAGAAUCUUUGACCACCUUACAGACUAAGAACUGAGGUAAUGACCACAGAAAAGAGACCAAACAUAUUGGUGCAUACCUGUUUGCUCUGAACUUCUUCCUUUUGAUAGAAACUCAUGUCAUCUCCCAGAAACUAGAUUAUUAUCACCAGACCCCUUUAUUUGUUCUCCCAGGCAGAGCCACGUUGAUGUGUAGAGCUGCUGUUCUUUCACUCUCGUUACUGUGUCUCUAACUGGCAUAUUGGGACCCAUGGCCAAGCUUAGUCUGUCAUGAUUUCCAGAAUCAGCGUGCUGAGAUUUAAAAUUCUAACUACAUUAUGAACUAGGAAAUAUUUGGACUAAUUUUUUUUUUUAAAGAUUUAUUUAUUAUGUAUACAGUAUUCUUCCUGCAUGCAUGAAGAGGGUGCCAAAUCUCAUUGCAGAUGGUUGUGAUCCACCAUAUGGUUGCUGGGAAUUGAACUCAGGACCUCUGGAAGAGCAGCCAGUGCUCUUAACCUCUAAGCCACCACUCCAGCCCUAUUUGGACUAAUUUAACUUAUUCAUCUUAUGAGCCAUUCUGGUUUUGCACAUACAAUAUAAAAAAUGCAAGCAUGUGUAGACAAUAUUUAUAUUCAUAUAGCCAUACAUAAAGAUGGAUUUAAAUAGAAACAUUUUGCUUCAUUUAUGUAGACCUAUAAUUUGUGGGUCCUAAGCUAGACUACUAAUUUGAAUUUUUUCAAAAACUAUUUUAUUAUUUUAUGUGUAUAGAUGUUUUGAUGCAUGUGUGUCUGUGCACAUAUAUUAUUCUUUUUGACAAGAUGUCUUUUUCUGCUUGUUUGUUUUGUUUCUUCAAGACAAGGUUUCUCUGUGUAGCCCUGACUGUCCUGUCACUCUGUAGACUGGGCUGACCUCGAACCCGCAGAGAUCUGCCUGCCUCUGCCUCCUGCAUGCUGGGAUUAAAGACUUGAGCCACCACCACCCGGCUCGAUCCCUUAAGAAACAUACUGUGUCUCAUAAGCACUCUUGGCCUUCUCGGUGGUUGCUGAAGUUUCCUGCGCAACAACUAAACCUGAGCUGGGGUUCAGGCCUGUUUCCUGUUUGCUGCUCACUAUACGGUGUCCCUCAAAUCCUUCAACUGUGGCUGUUUCCUGAUGCAAAGGCCAAGGAUCCAACAAUUGUUCAGUCCAUGAGAGUGGAUGUCAGCUGUCCUAAUCCGGAGUUGGAGUCCCAGGGAUGUCCUAGAGAGCUGCCAGUUUGGGGUCUACAUUAGAAUCCCAGUGGUGUAGGCUCUAACACCAGUGAAGGAGUGCCUUAGGAACAGGACAGGUGAGCUUCCAGUGAAAGUUGGGUAAGCAGGUAAAAAGCAAAUGCUUUCCUCUUCCAUGUCCAUUUAUGGGGACUGAUGCCAGAAGGCAUGGCUCAGAUUUAAGGUGGGUCUUCCACCUCAAAUAAUCCAACCAAGGAAAGUCUUUCACUAUUUGGUUUUCAUUUAAUUCUGGAUGUAGUCAAGUUCACAACCAAGAUUAGUCAUCCUAAGUCCACCCCUUAUCAAUUUUAAUCACAAUCAUCCCCUUAUGACUGAAUACAUUAAUAAAAGUAGGCAGGCAGUAGUGGUGCAUACCUUUAAUCCUAGCACUUAGGAGGCAGAGGCAGGUGGAUCUCUGAGUUAGAGGACAACCUGUUCGACAGAGCAAGUUCCAGGACAGCCAAGACUACACAAAGAAAUCCUGUCUCAAAAAACUAUAAAUAAAUAAAUAAAUAAAUAAAUAAAUAAAUAAAUAAAUAAAUAAAUAAAUAAAUAAAAUAAUAAAAACAAUAGCCAAGCCAUAAUUACAACUAACAUGAUAUAAGUAUCCCAUAUACAACCACAAUACAAUUACAUAUUUUAGAAUAGGUAACAAUAUCUCUUGAAGGACAUUCUUUAAGUGUCUUAAAACUUAAAUAUGAUAACCACUGACAUUAUCUUGAUGUUACAUUACAUAAAGUCAUAGAGGAAAGACAACACAAAUAUCUGUUUAAUGUAUUCAUAUCUAUGCAUAACACAUUGUUACCAAAAUAGGACAGAAACACUCAAGUUUAUUUUCAUUCCUGUGAAGAGACAUCAUGAUCAAGGAAACUUACAGAAGAGUUCCAGAGGGUGAGUCCGUGACCAUCAGGAUGGGGAACAUGUCAGCAGGCAGGCAAGCAUGGCGUUGGAGUGGUAGCUGAGAGCUUACAUGUUGUAACAACAACCACAAGGAAGGAGGCCAACUGAAAUGGCAUGGGCUUUUGAAACCUCAAAGCCCACUCCGAGUGACCCACCGCCUCAUAUAAGGCCUCACCUUCUAAUCCUUCCCAAACAGUUCCACCAAGUAGGGACCAAACAUUCAAAUAUAUGAGCCAAAGGGGCCAUUCACAUUCAAACUACCAUACCUCCCCAAACCAGCUUUAAAGACCAAAGAACCACAUAGUCCAGUUUACAACAGCAACAGCCACAGUUCUCAGUACCAGUUUUUGUCUUAGUUCAUUUUCUUGUUACUGUCGUAAAAUGCCCUUGAAAAAGCAAGUUAAGAAAAAAGUUUUUUUCUCUGGGUCCCAGGUCAAAAGUACAGUCCAUCCUAGGGGGGCAGUCAAGAAGCACCUGGUCACAUCAUCUCCAACCGAGAAGCAGAGAGUGCUGAAUUAAUGCUAGUGCAUAUCAGGGAUGCACACAGUUCAUGAGUCCCUCCCUGGGGCGCAGUUCUGCCCAUAACUAAGGUAGUUGUUCUCACAUCAGUUAAUCAAAAUAACCUUUCACAGAUCUCCUCAAAGGCUAACUUUAAUAUAGACGACUACUCUUAGGUAUGCCCAGAGUUUUGUCUCCUAGAUUAUUCUAGACUAGGUUGUGACAAUUAGCACUAACCACACUUCUUUUUUUUUUUCAAUCCUCCAUCACACUUCUUUUUUUAUUUGUUUAUUUGUUUUGUUUUUGUUUGUCAAGACAGAGUUUUCCUGUGUAUUGCCCUGGCUGUCCUGGAACUUGCUCUACAGACCAGGCUGACCUCGAACUCAGAGAUCCACCAACCUCUUCCUCCCAAGUGCUAGGAUAAAAGGAGUCAGUGACCUUUGAGGAUGUGGCUGUGCACUUCACCAUGGAGGAGUGGAUUAUGCUGGAUCUAUCUCAAAAGGACCUCUACAAAGAUGUGAUGAAGGAAAUAUUGAGAAACAUGGUGUCAAUAGGAAACAUAAAGAAGCACCAAAAGAUUGAUAAUGAAUACCAAAAUUCUGAGAGAAAGCUAAGAUGUCAACUGGUAGAGAAACUACACGACUGUAAAGAAGGUCAUAAGUGUGCAGAAAUCUUCAACUUCUCUACAGAAGGCACUGUGAACCAUAAGUUUUAUCCAGGAGUACACAUAUGUAAAAGAAAUGGGUUUGUAAAUGUAGUCAUUGGCCAUGUAGCUCUAAGUGUCCAGCUAAAAUCUAGGCCAGGGCAGAAAUCAAAUGAAGUUCAGGAACGUGGAAAGGAGUUGGAUAAUAAUAAGGAAUCUGAGAACACCUCCAGCUCUCCCCCAUCUUUUCAGAAGCAUGAAAGUACUGACCCUGCUGAGAAAUCUAAUAAAAAUAAGCAGUCUAAUGAAGACUUAAACCUUGGUCAAAAUCAUGAAAGGACUACUGCUGAAGAAAAACACCAUGAGUGUAAGCAGUGUGGGAAAACUUUUACUUCCCUUAGGUCCUUGAAGGGGCAUGAACAUCAUUACCAUGCAAAGAAAUCCUUUGCAUGUAAGCAGUGUGGGAAAGCCUUCCCUUUCCCCAGUUCCCUUCAAGUACAUGAAAGGAUCCACACUGGAGAGAAGCCCUAUACGUGUAAGCAAUGUGGGAAAACCUUUGCAUAUUCCAGUUCUCUUCUAAGACAUGAAAAAAUUCACACCGGCACAAGUUCCCAUAAGUGUCAACUAUGUGGGAAAACCUUUACUCGUUUGAAUUCUCUUUUAAGGCAUAAAAUAAUCCACACUGGCGAGAAGCCCUAUGCAUGUAAUCAGUGUGGGAAAAGCUUUUCUCGUUCUGCUUCCCUUCAAAGACACACAAGAAUCCACACUGGAGAGAAACCCUAUGUAUGUAAGCAAUGUGGGAAAGGAUUCAUUACUUCUACUUAUCUUCAAGUACAUGAACGAACUCACACUGGGGAAAAACCUUAUGUAUGUAAGGAGUGUGGGAAUGCCUUCAUGCUUUGGACUCAAUUUCAAAAACAUAAAGUAACUCACAGUGGUGUGAAUCCCUAUGUUUGUAAGCAGUGUGGGAAAGCUUUCACUCGUCUCGGUUCCCUACAAAUACAUGAAAGAAUUCACACUGGUGAGAAACCCUAUGUGUGUAAGCAGUGUGCAAAAGCCUUCUUGUCUUUGAAUCAGUUAAGAAGACAUGAAGUAACCCACAGUGGUGUCAAACCCUAUGAGUGCAAACAAUGUGGGAAGGGAUUUAUCUCUUCUACAACCUUUCGAAGUCAUGAAAAGAUACACAGUGGAGAUAACCCGUAUGUGUGUUCACAGUGUGAGAAAGUUUUGAGUUCUGACAGUGCUUUGCGGAAACAUAAAAUGAUCCACACCGGAGAGAAACCUUGUGUAUGUAAGCAGUGCGGUAAAACAUUUACUCAUUUAAGUUCUCUUCAGUAUCAUGCACUGAUGCACAGUGGAGAGAAACCCCAUGAAUGUAAGAAAUGUGGGAAAGGCUUUAGGUCUCUUAGCCACCUUAAAAAGCAUGAAAGAACUCAACACUGAAUAGAAACCUUGUGCAUGUAAACAAUAUGGGAAAGCCUUUGCUUAUUCUCACUGGCAUAAUGUUUACACAUUUUAAAUGUCUGGGUUGCUUUUGCAUAAGCAACCUCACUCUGAAGAUAAGUGAAAGCCUUCUAUCAUACUGAUUUCUUUCUUUUCCUACUGAUUUCUAAAAAAAACAAAAACAAGAACAAAAACAAAACAAACUUGAAACAGCCACAAUGGAGGGAAACAUUUUUUUAAAAAAAAAAUAACAUGGAAAUGGUUUUUGUACUAAAAGUUUUCUUCAAGUCCAUGAACGAAGUCACACUAGAGAAAAGCCCUAGGAAUGCAGGCGAUGUUUAAAUCUUUGUAGUCCCAGAUCAUGGAAAAGACAUGCCACAGAGUAUACUGCAGAAAACCCUGUGCAUGUUUGCAAUGUAGAAAUGCUUCACUUCUUUCCUGCUUCCUCCAAAUAAGUCAACUAGAGGGGACUAGAGAGAUGGCUAAGCAGUUAAGAAUGCUGGCUGGUCUUCCAGAGGACCUAGGUUCAAUUCCCAGCACCCACAUGGCAGCCUACAAUUGUGUCUAAUUCCAGUUCCAAGGGAUCUAAUGUCUCAGUGGCCCCUGUAUGCUCAUGGUACACAGACAAAUUACUCAUGCAGGUAAAUUAGCCAUAUACAUAACAAUUUUUUAAAAAGUCACACUGGAGAGAAACCCUUUGUAUGUAGGCAAUAUUGGAAAGCCUUCCAUUACUACUGUUCCUUUCACAGACAUGAAAGAUCCUACCAUAGAAUAACCUUAAAUACAGAUUUUUUUAAAAUUUAGACUUAUUUAUAUUAUUUCACAUGUGUAAGUGUUUUGCCUGCGUGUAUGAAUGUGUGCCACAUGUGUGCAGUGCCUGCACCACCAUGAAGAGGGCCUUGGAACCUCUGGAACUGGAGUUACAGAUGGUUGUGAGCAGUCGUGUAGGUGUUGGGAACUGAACACAAGUCCUUCAUAAGCACAGUGAGAGCUCUUAACCACCGAGCCAUCUCUCCAACCUAGGAGCUAAUUCUAGACUUCUAUUUCCAAAGUUUGCUUUACAAAAUAAGCGUAAGCCGAGUACGUGAGAUGAGAUGACAGCUUAUACCCCUGGAAUGGAGACCAGUAAGACCCACAUUUGAAAAACAAAACAGCUGUAGAAAGUAUACUAUCAUGAAAUCGUUUUGUAAGGUUUCUUAAAGCAGCAAUCUAUAGUUUAAUGGGUGAUGUCCUUUUGCAUUAAAUUGGGUACAUGUUUCUACUUGCAUUAUAAAUUGUGUAGAUUCAUGUGGUGGACUGACAUUUACUUGUAACAUGCCAAUAUGCAUAAAUGCUUUUUUUUUUCAAACAAUUGUGAUUAAUUAAAAAUGACUUUUUGAGAAUA